AAUGGCUGACCUUGGUGACAUUAUUCAGAAGUAUGAUUUUCUGAAUGCCACUGCUGAGGAUGAAUCUGCCCUAUCGGAUGACAUACAUGAUGUUCGGAGAGAAUUGAAUGAGACUGGUACCUACGAAAAAUGCCAGCGAUGUGUGUCAAUACUACAGGAGAAAAAUUGUCACAAGGGAUUCCCAUUGCAUCUAACACCAGCCUGCUGGAUGUCAGUCACAAGUAUUAUAUGUCUCAAAGACAUAAUUCAAGCCUGUGUUGAAGAUGGGAGAAUGACUUUAGAACAAAGUAACAAAAUGAUGUUUGAAUUUUUCCUAGCCUGUUUGGAAACAGGGCCAUCGACAUCACAUGGUUCCGAGUUCAUACCCUAUGUCCUGAGUGUUAAUGAACUAGAUGAAUAUCUUGGUACUCUGAUGGGUGAUGACUUGAAUCGAGUGUUGGACACGAUCGCAAACUUGGAACACACCCCAGAACAGCCACAUAUUGAACUUCGUGAACAGGCCACCAAUUGGGGUCGGCAAAUGAUUUCUUUUCUCAAAGACAUUGUCAAAAAGAAAAAUAAAGAAAGACUCAAAGAUCCUGCAGUUCAUGAAGCAAUGGCGGACUUACACCUAGCUUUGAACAAGAAGAUGGUGGAAUACCCUCAGGAAUUUUCCAAUUUCAUCACGAGUAUGAUGAAUGUCAUCAAGGAUGGUUAUGGAGGAAGUUUGCAUCAGGAAACAACCAAAGGCAAAGGAAAAAAGGAAAAGGUGGUCACCAACUGCUACCAGGAGACCCUGCCUCAAAAUCACCCUGGCUGUUCAGGAGGGGAUAAACCUAGCAAAUGA